AUGUUUGUGAUUUUGCCAGUAACCAGCUCUUGGAAAUCAAAAAUCUGUUUGGAAUGGUCCAACGUUUCGCAAUCAAACUUGAUAAGCUCUCCGCAGUUGUCGCGUUGCAGCACGACAAGUCCAAACUCUUCUUCUCCAAGAAUUUUCAACGAUGAAUGCGUCGACCCAACCUCCCCAAUCUUCACAACAAGAGACGACUCCAUCUUCAGCUUCAUGUUACUUUUAAUGGCAUCAAAGAAGCGCUCACACACAUCUUUCAGGUUGUCGUACAGUUCGUGGUUGUUUUCGCCCGUGGUUUUAAGACCUUUGGUCAGAAACUCAAUAACUUCUUUAGUUUUGAUGAUAUCUGAGCUCUUAUCACCCGAUGUCACCUCGACCAAGAUCGAAUUCAGCCAUUGA